GACACGUCAAGAUGCUGAUUCCGAUUGCUGUCGUUGUAGUUGCAACCAACGUCUACGUGGCUGCCGAGAGCGCCUUGUGCCCUGUUCCCAGUCACAAAGUGCAUUUCAACUACCACUUUGGAUCAGAGGAUGAUCCAUUUCAUUGGUACGAGCUAGACAAGGACACCCACUGCUGUGACGGGUCUAAACAGUCUCCCAUCAACAUCAAGACACGGAACACAAAGUGUGCAAAAAAGUUAGGCCCCAUCCAGUACGAACGAAAGCAUCGAAGACAAUUAGAAGGCAUUCUGAAAAGAAAUGGCCAUGGUGCAAGUCUCGCCUUCUUCAAACGAGAUCGCCUCGUGACGAAGGACAUGCCUUUCACUGACGGCGAGUACGUCCUGGACUCAAUGCACUUCCAUUCUCCCUCGGAACAUAUCGUCAACGGCAAGCACCACGCUGGAGAGUUGCACCUGGUUCACUACAAGAAACGGUAUGGGAGUGUUGGGGCAGCCGUUGGGAAGGAAGACGGCUUGGCUGUUAUUGGAGUGUUCCUGAAGGUUGUAAGUGAAUCGCUGGACCACGCCUUCAACACAUUCGUGGAUGGAGUGGCGCAUCUGAAAGUCGGUGAAUCUGAGGAAGUGACUCUUGACCCGACGGAGCUGUUGGUGCUAGACAAUGAUUACUACACGUACAAGGGGUCGCUUACCACCCCGCCCUGUUCGGGAGUCAGUCCGAUGGGUUCUUAUGGUAUUGCCUGUUCUGACCACAGAGGAGAGGAUCCGUGUGCUGAGGGCUGUUCCAGUCAGUGACGGUGAACCCAUUUCGGUCGACACGAACGACAGACCAGCUCAACCGCUGAACAACCGCACCGUUCUGGUUUCUUGCUGACGAACCGGAACACGUGUACAUGUUUCAGAGACAGCACAUAAUUGGCCUUCAGACAAACCGUCAGUAAUUUCGACCACUAGAUAGAUGGCGGCACAGUGAGUAAGUUUGGUUUUACGCCGCACUCAGCAAUAUUCCAGCUAUAUGGCGGUGGACUGUAAAUAAUUGAGUCUGGACCAGACAAUUCAGUGAUCAACA